AAACAUGCUCUCUCAGUCAGGCCGAAGUUAGAGCCGGUUGUGCGACAUCUCCCUUUGGCCACUUUCCAAUUACUUUUAUUUUCCUCUCCAUCAUUGGUCGCCUUGGAGGCCGCUCUCUUCCCGCGCGGGCACUCCCGGAGAGGGGCGGGCCUGACAGGGCAUUGCUAAGCGACAAAGAUGCGCGCGGGGUCAACCCAGUGAGGGAGCGGAGCUCGCGGAAGCGCCCAGGUGGUUGCGGGAUGGACCGCAGUCUGCCAGUUUUCUCCAUCCAAGACAGCCCCUUUGAGGAUACUCCUCUGGAUCAAAGCCACUACUGGCCAUCCCAAAGCCAGACCUGGCACCCCAAGACCCUGAGCCCAUCUAGGUCCCAGAGGUCCAGAAGCCCAGAAGCUCCCAAGGCUCUGGCCACAGGUCCCAACUCCUCUGAACUGUUUGAAGAGUCCUGGCCAUCCAGCUUAGGGACCCCUUCCCCACCCAGCACCACAGAAGGACAGAUGGGAGCCUCCCCAUCACCCAUCCUGGUUGACAGCAGGGAGUCCGUGGUAGCCAAGUACAUAAACCGGUUCCGCCAGGCUCAGCCCACAAGCCGAGAGGAACGCCACCCUGCAGGCCCAACCCCAGCUGACUUUUGGUGGCUACGGCCUGAAUCUCCGGACACCAGCACUCAACUUGCAGCAGCAGGAGCCAGUGAACCAGAAGGAAGACCCAACACAGCAGUCCCAACUCUUGCCAAGGUGGCCAGCGCAUCUCAGGCUAAGGCUGUGGCACCCCUUCAGGAAAUGAAGCAGAGCCUCAACACAUGGAACUCAUCCCUGCUGGACCUGGAGACACUGAGCUUGCAGAGCAGAGCUGCCAGGCUGCUCAAACGCAGCAAGGCCUCCAUCUCCUCCUCUUCACUCAGCCCGAGUGAUACCAGUAGCUCCUCGUUCCCAGUCAGCUCUGAUGGCCUCUCUCCCUUCUCCGUGACCUUGCCCCCUGACUCCAGCAAGGGCUCUGACCUCAAGGCACAAGCAGCACCAGCACCUGCCCCCAUCCCUGCUCCAGCCCCGGUCUCCUCCCAGGCACCCCUGCAUCCAGAGGAUGACAUUCUAUACCAGUGGCGGCAGCGGCGAAAGUUUGAACGGGCUCGAGGAGGGCAGGGUGAUGGAACCUGGGUGCUACCCCAGACUCCUGCCCUCACCACUGCAGUCCCUGCCCCUGUUUGUCUACAGGCCCUUCCUACCCCUGCAGAGACCCUUGGCUCCCUGGGAACCCAGCCUACCUGCGUCCCACGUUGGGCCAGUGUGGCCCGGCCUGGGCCCCUGGAGGCCUUCUAUAUGGAGAGGCCUCCUAUUCCCCCAGGGUUCUCUCCACACAUCUUUUGGGGCCCCAGCCCCCCUGGGUUCUUCUGGACCCCACAGUCUGGACCUUGGGUAUCUCUCGGGGCCAUUCCUCCCACACCCUCUACCCCUGCGCCUCCGGCUGCCACCCCCAUGUCCCCGGCCUCCACCCCGGCACCCGCAGCCUCCACCGUCCCGUCCCCAGUCGCCCCCCAGGACCCGCCCACUCCUGCGCAAAGCAGCGCGGCCCAGCCUGAGAGGCAGGACCCCAAGCCUCGGAGUAGCAGAGCCCCGCGCCAGGAGUCCGCUGGGACAGUCUUGGCAGCCGACGAGGGACCUGGCCCGCAGCUCCGAGGCGCCCUGGGCCAAGUAGUAUCCGCUCGGCUCUUCCCGGACAGCCUGGAGGACACGCCCCCUCACCUUGAGGGCCCAUCUCUGCCCGAGGCUGAAUCUCUGAAAGUCAAGGCCGCACACCCCCAAACCAAUAUUGCGCCACCUCGCUCCGAGGUCACGCCCCCUCUAUCUGGAUCACGAUUUUCCAAGGCACAGACUCCGCCAAGUCGGUCUAAAGCCGAGUCUCGGAAAGCCAAGGCCACGCUCCCCCUAGCGGUGUGGGAGCCUCGGAAAGACAAAGACACUCCCUUGGCUGAAGCUGGGGAUCAGCCGCCCAAGGUCCCGCCCCCUCCAGCUGAGGAGGUGUCCACUUGCGUUGAGGCUCCGCCCCCUUCCUUCGAGGCGGUGGCUACGCCCUUGUCCGCUGCUGAGCACGCCCCUUCAGAAGAGCUGCUCUGCCAGGCUGCCCGACUUCUGGAGGCUGCAGAAGACUCUGACGGCAGCGAGUUCCAGGACGACCCGGUACUUCAGUUGCUAAGAGUUCAGAGGGCGGAGCUGAGACGGCAGAAAAGGAAAGUGGACGCCCAACUGUCACUCUUACUGGAGCACACCGAAGACCCAGGGACUUGGUCUCCUCCAGCCAGGUCACCCCCCAGGUCCCCAGGAAGGCGGCUGCGGAGGGAAGGAGCUUCACUUGAGACCAGACGACGUUGAAUUGUACUUAUUAUAGUUUUCCCAAUAAAAAUUUUUUUUUCCACGUUA